CACUCGCUCAUAAAGCCGUUUACCUGCGGUUGUCCCGUGUCUCACCGGACUGAGCUCGUCACGGCACAUUUCUCCUCUGAUAGGACACCGACACUGCAUCCCUCCCACCCUCCUCUCCUCCACAGUCGUGUUUACUAUAUGUGAGAUAGGCCGUAUAAAUCCCUGAGUGUGCGCAGAUCGCAUCCUCAGAGAAUGGAAAAGGAGGAGGGAGGAGGUGUAGGAGCAGGAAAAACAAGCGAACCAAGGGAGCGUAGCUGUGUCUACUGCUCACUGGGAUAAGCGCACGCUGAGAAACAUCCGAGAGGAGGAGAAGGAGUGAGCGUGGAUGCUGACUAUACCGACAAACCCAUAAAGGAAGAAUUAUUAGAUGGUUGUUAUUAGAAUCAAUCAUAAACUAUAAAGUGGAAUAAGCUUUUGCAGUCACCAACGAUGGACGUCAGCUGUCAGCACUGAGUUCUCUACUUGUUCUGAUGACCAGAGACCCUCAUGGCGCUUAUUCAUGAACCUCGUGUCCCCUCUCCUUCUCUCUCCGGCUUCAACUCACCCCUCUCUGAUCCUCCAUCCUUUCGCCGCCUCGAUGACGAAACACCCUGCACCCCAGAAAUGGACCUUACCCCGACCCAGUGUGUCCUUCGCAACGUCCUCUCCAUAGACACCGGAGGUGCUGUCGAGCCCGGGGGUGGAGGAGGAGAAGAGCAGACUGCUGGGCACAACCAGACACCAGGCGAGGAACAACAGGAGCACUUUGCCAACAGUAUCCUGAAGCUCCACGAGCAUGAUAGGAGUCCAGGAAGGACAGAGGGAGAGGGGCAGGAGAUGGAGAGCAGUGCAGUCAGGAGCCAGGUGGAUGACGCCAGGCUACAGUGCCAGUCUACCGGAGGGUUUCUGGAGGGGUUGUUUGGGUGUCUGCGGCCUGUCUGGACUAUGAUUGGCAAGGCUUACUCCACAGAGCACAAACACGGCCUCGAUGAGGCGUGGGAGAUUCCAUUCGAGGAGAUAUCUGACCUGCAGUGGGUGGGCAGCGGAGCCCAGGGUGCCGUCUUUCUGGGCAAACUGUACGGACAGGAAGUGGCUGUAAAAAAAGUGCGAAACAUCAAAGAGACAGACAUCAAGCACCUGCGCAAGCUCAAACACCCCAACAUCAUCACUUUCAAAGGUAUUUGUACCCAGGCUCCAUGUUACUGCAUCAUUAUGGAGUACUGUGCCCAGGGACAGCUGUACGAGGUGCUGAGGGCAGGCAGGAAGAUCCAUCCAUCCCUGCUCAUGGACUGGGCCAUGGGCAUUGCUGGUGGAAUGAACUAUCUUCACCUCCACAAGAUCAUCCACAGAGACCUCAAGUCACCAAACAUGCUGAUCACUUACGAUGAUGCAGUGAAGAUUUCUGAUUUUGGCACGUCCAAGGAGCUCAGUGAGAAGAGCACCAAGAUGUCCUUUGCCGGUACGGUGGCCUGGAUGGCUCCUGAGGUUAUACGCAACGAACCCGUCUCAGAGAAAGUGGAUAUUUGGUCAUUCGGUGUCGUGCUGUGGGAGAUGCUGACAGGAGAGGUGCCCUAUAAGGACGUGGACUCCUCUGCUAUCAUCUGGGGAGUGGGCAACAACAGUCUACAUCUGCCUGUACCUGAUAGCUGCCCAGACAGCUUCAAACUGCUCCUGAGGCAAUGCUGGAACUGCAAGCCAAGAAACAGGCCUUCCUUCCGACAGAUUCUCCUGCAUCUGGACAUCGCCUCAGCAGAUAUCCUGUCGACUGCACAAGAAACGUACUUUCAGUCUCAGGCGGAGUGGAGGGACGAGGUGAGGCACCACUUUGAGAAGAUCAAGUCUGAGGGGACAUGUCUUCACAGGCUGGAUGAGGAGCUGAUCAAACGACGCAGAGAAGAACUCAGACAUGCGCUGGACAUCCGGGAGCACUACGAGAGGAAACUGGAGAGAGCCAACAAUCUCUACAUGGAGCUUAACGCCAUCAUGCUGCAGCUGGAGAUCAAAGAGAAAGAGCUUCACAAGAGGGAGCAUUCACUGGACAAAAAGUACCCGGGCUGCUUCAAGCACCAAAGCUCCAGACAGUCGGCCUCCUCCAACUCGAUGGAGAAACUCUUGAAGAAACGCAACGUACCUCAGAAGCUGCCUUCACACAGCAAGAGGCCAGACUUACUAAAGUCAGAGGUCAUCCUCCCCAAACUGGACUCUUCCAUGACCCAGGUCACAAUCCCCAACAAGGGCUCUACCUCCCCUGGCCGCUCACGGCGAGGAAAACCCCGCUACAGGAAGGCUGGUAAAGGCAGCAGUGGGGACUUGGCUCAGUUGAAAGCCACUCUCUCCUCUUCAUUAGCCAUGGUCAACGCCACCUCAUCUGUGCCCAGCAGCAAGCAGCAUAUGGACCCCAGUGCAGCCCUCAGGGGCCUGCAGCACGAUCUGCUGCUUAAGAAGAUGUACUCCUCAAGUCCGGAUCUCAUUUCAACCACCUUGGAGGCUGAAGGCCGGAGGAAGGGGCAGGUCGGGCCAGGGCUGGACAGAGCGGGCAGCCAGAGCGCCUCAGCCGGGCUGGGGGAAAGCAGAAGGACUGGAGGGCCUGAGGAGGGGCCGGAUGUGGGUUUAGGGACUGAUGACCUGGUAGAAACACCUCCACGCAGCGACACGCCCAGUGAGGAUGCAGCUUCUAUCCCGUUCUCCAGUAGCCCCGACUCACCGUGCGGCAGGGGAGCAGCUGCAGGGAGGGCGUCUGUACACGGGAACCCCCGUGUUUCCCACGAGGGUGACGAGAAGGAAGACGGGACGGUGAUCACACGUUCACCUAGAAGUCAGCGUCUCACUCCUGCAGCACUGCUCUACAGGGCAGCAGUCACACGCAGUCAGAGACGUGGAGUGUCAUCAGAGGAAGAAGAAGGAGAAGUGGACAGUGAAGUAGAGUUGCCAAGGAGACGGCGUCCCGUUAGCAUGACCAAGUGCCAGUCCCUGUCCACCUUCAGCUCAGAGAACUUGUCGGUCUCGGACGGCGAGGAGGGAAACACUACCGACCACUCCCACAGCGGCACACCGGACGUGGUCAGCACCAACACUGACGAGCGUCUGGACGACAAGAGCGACGAUCUGCUGUCUCAGGGCUCUGAGAUUCCCGCUGACCCGUCCGAGCCAACACAGCUGGGCUCUGACGGGCUGUCUGAGAAGGAAGCUAUUCUUCGCCAAGUCAAGACACAGCUUGCUAGUAAUGAUCACAAUUAUGAGGGCCUCUAUGAUGACUCGGACUGUGACAGUGCAGAGCUGGACCAUUCAGGCAGUGCGGAACCCAGCCAACCUCCAGCCAACUGGUGAAAAUCUGACACAUCAACCCACUCAAACUCCUGCAGAUCUGGUCUGUGAAUGCCUCUUUAACUCUAACAGACCUUCGAAUACACGGAGUCAUGAGCAGGGACAUUGCAAAAGCAGGAAAUGAAGGCGCAUCUUCAUCAUCACAAGCAGGAACACAAAACAAACCCUUGGUGAGUGUUCUCAAAAACCUGAUAUCCUGGGGGGAAAAAAAACAGAAAAUCCCAUUUCAUUUGAGAUAAAAUGCCUCACAGUGAUGUGAGACUGAAUUGGGGCACAGCUGAGCUGACAGAGCAUCAGCCACCAAAGCAACUGGCCCAAGAUCAGCUUUGCAAAAACACCUCAACAACAGAGGCCUCAGUCAAAGAAGCCAUCCACACAACUGUCUAUUAAUGUCUCUUUUCAUCUUCCAUGUCGAUUUGUAUUUUUAUCUCCGUCAAAAAAAUGUGUCAUGUUAUUUCACAUCAUGUCAUAUGAGAACAUGAUCAUAAGAUCCUAUCAGGGCGCAAUUAUAUUUUAAUGUUUCUAUUGUCAACAUCAAUGGGGCAGCCACUGAUGUUGCUACUUGCACUUAAUUUAUGAAAUGUACUGAUUUCCUCGCGAUCAUCAGGUUAUAUUGCAUUUACUCUCAAAACGUUAUGCACUGACUAAUUUAUUGCUUUUUUACAGUGUAAAAAAAAACAAUGUUUACAUUUUUCAUUUGUGUUGUUUACAUAUUUUAUUUAUAUUUGUGUCAUGGAUUUUGUUUCCAUUUUCUACUUCUGUGUUUAAUAUCUUAUGUAAAUAUGUGAUGAUGUAAAAUGGACAAAUUUUUAAAAUGUGAGACUGUAUAAUUUAAAGGUGCUGAUGUUUCUAAUUAGGUGGCACUACUCUAUUUGAACCUCAAAAGGCUUAUGGUAGUAGAAUGUAUUGUAGCUGCUGUUAAUGUCUAAGCAUCAAAACACAGAUAAAAGAGGGACAAGAGAACAAAGAAAAAGCAAUAUGUCUGCUCUGGUACAGUAUGUCCUGUCAUGUCACAGGUCAAAAGAACCACAGCUGAGUUCAUUCAGGGCAGAUGGGCUUUUUAUUAGUAGUAUUGCAGUGUUUACUGUAUUAAUACGCAAUACCAGUUUGAAAACCCCCUUCUGAACAUCUUGGGGUGUAUAUAGAAUCAUAAAAGCAUGCUUGUGAUAAAGUAUGGAUAGCCUAUUGGUCACGGUUUGUGAUUCUGGUCAAAAUUAAAUAUUAGAAACAUCCAUACAGAAAAAAAUGCAACAAAAGAAAGACUGCACAUUUAAUAACUGAAGGCAUAUGGAUGACAGGGACACAAACACCAAAAUAGAUCUCAGAAUAAUUAUGGAAUUACUUGUGGCCACAGUGUUUGCAGUAUACCAGCACACGAGAGAGAUGAUUCGAAUUUUUUAGUAAACUUAGCAAUGUGGCUCAUUUAGUCAAAGAUCCUUUUGAUAUUAUUGUUUUAGUAAGUAAAUCACAAAGCAAGCACAGGCGUACCUGUGGCAGAUGACAGAAAUAACCUUUAGCUUACUCAAUGCGUGGACCCCAAUUCAGCUUGUUUUUGUCCACUCAUAAAAUCAGUGUGCACAUAGCAAUUAGGGCUCAUAAUUUGGCCAUUUUUACUUACUGCCUCUUACCACAGCAUAUUAAUUGAGAGAGACGCUUUACAAGCUUAUAAUAUGGUUCAUCAGUGUACGGAAAGGUCACUCUGCCAUUGUCCUCAACAGUUGAAAUUUUGGCCAACAGACAGUACUUUUUUCACAGAUGUGCAAAGGUUCCUUCAUAACAGGCAGCAUGAUACAUAAAACUCUGGUUUUGAUGUACUUGUGUCCCUUGACAAGCCUUCUUACAUGCAUGUGGUUCAAUCUGACUGUACAACAGCACAUUGCAUCCUGUUCCAUUAAUGUAUGACUGAUCAGGUCCCACUCAAUAAGCUAGAAAUGGCAGCUUGUUUUUUUAUCUGGUGUUACCUUUUAAACUUUCGAUUUGUAGAGCAUUUUAAACAGAUUGUGUCCCCAAUAAUUAAAGCUAGAAAUCCUCCUGCAGGAUAAAAUGUUGCCAAAAAGCAAAACUACUGCCCUCUAGUGUCUCAAUUGUGGAGGUUCGUGUUUCCCAUGAUGCCGAUUGAAACAACCCUGUAUGAUCCGAAAUGUUUGCUUUUUAUAUUAUUGUAACUGUACAAUAAAUAUAUUUAAGAAACAAUUUAAAAUAAAAUCAAACCUGUAAAAUCUCAA